AUGGCCAAACCAAUGUUGCUCGUCUGCCUGACGGCCGCAGUCAACUGUGCGUCCGUGGGGUAUGACUCGGCAAUGAUGUCGUCCAUCAAUAUCUUGGAUGCCUUUACUGAAAAAUUCGACGUCGACGCAGAUCUCAAAGGUCUCUUAACGGCUGCUCAAAACAUUGGUGCCAUCGCCGGAGGAUUCAUUGCCGGUUCGGUUGUGGACCGUCUGGGCCGAAAGGGAGGGAUUCUCGCUUCAUCCAUCACCAUCCUCAUAUCAUGUCUCCUUCUCACCACGGCGAAUUCAAGAGCCCAGUUCUUCGUUGGACGCUCCCUUGUCGGUCUGGCCAAAGCCUUCGAUAUCGCUGCCGUUCCAACAUACCUGGUUGAAAUGGCCCCACCCCACCGCCGUGGUCUCGUGGCCGGUUUUUACUGGGCAUGCUGGCUUCUAGGAUCAAUAAUCGCCGCCGCCGUCGGGUAUGGCUCACGGUCGAUCGAAGGCACUUGGUCUUGGCGCACCAUAUGUAUCUGUAUGUCCGGACCGGCCCUGGCCUGCAUUCUGGUACUCUUUUUCAUCCCAGAGUCUCCUCGCUGGUUAGUCUCCAAAGGUCGCGAAGAAGAAGGUCUCGAUGUCCUGGCCAAAUAUCACGGCAAUGGGGACAGAACACAUCAGUUGGUUGUGUCGCAAUUCCGAGAAAUCAAAGAGACGAUUGCAUACGAGCAGGCCAACCGUUACGAAACGUGGAAAGCCUGGUGGAACGACUUCAACACGCCACCCAAUCGUCGUCGGGCUUUCACUCUGGUCACAUUGGGUGUCUUCGAACAAACCGUUGGAUCGAGCAUUAUCACAUUCUACACUGGUAGCGUGCUUGACCUUUCCGGCAUCACCGGCGAAAAACAGCAAUUCGCGAUCAACCUGAGUCAGACAUGCGUCGCUUUCGCGUCGGCCUUGUGUGGAAUCUUCCUCAUCGAUAAAGUCGGUCGAGUUAAAAUGCUUGUCGCUGGUUCAGUAUUCUGUGCCGCGGUCCUUGCUUGCAUGGCCGGUCUCACCGCACAGCAACUUGACACUCAAGCCGGACGAAAUGGCAUCAUCGCCAUGCUGUUCCUAUUCCAGAUGGGCUAUUCGUCCACAUGGACUCCCUUGUCUUUCUCUUAUUGCGCCGAGGUUUUAAACUUUACUUUGAGAGCAAAAGGAAUGGCAUUUUAUAACAUUUUCACCUCGUCUUCCGGCUUUAUCAACCAAUACGUCAUUCCUGUUGGCCUUGCCAAUAUCAAGUGGAGGUUCUACAUAAUCGGUGUAGUCUGGGACAUCUUCAUGGCCAUCGUCAUCGUUUUCACAUACAUCGAAACCAAAGGCCUCACGCUCGAACAAAUCCAAAAACGCUUCGAAGGCACACCACGCUCCGAGCUAGGGAAUAUCCUCGAAGUCUAUCACGGCGAAAAGCCGUUGCAGGAAUUCGAAUUGGACAAUAGCAGGGGGGGUACCGCGGGCGCUUUUGCGACAGCGGCAGAGGAGACCAAAGGAAAAGGCACGUCCGCCGCCGUCAAAUCCGAUGCCAUCGAAACCAUCGCCACCACUACGAGUAUUGCUCCAUGA